AAUAUGACAUUAUGCAAAUCCAUCUAUGGUCAUCAGGCGUCUAGAGAGUUGGGUGUCAUGUCACAUCUGUUCCUCCUGUAACAACAAUGUUGCGAGGGAUUAUCCCAGUUUUAAUUGUGAGUUUUGUUGGGAUUAUGGCCAUAUAUGACCAAUCCGAAUUCAGCAAACCAGGGGAUUAUUUAUUAGGAGGCCUGUUUAAACUUCAUGAUGGUCAAGGAAAUCGUUCCAAAAAGCCAGAAGCAUUGGAAUGUCACAAGUAAGUGCAAAUUCUAUCAUUGAAUUGAUAAAAGGCUGUAUUUCUUAAAUCUGACUUCAUAAAAGUUACUAUUACAAGAAUGUAUCCACACUCAUAACAGAAUUGAUAGGAAUUUGCUCAAUCCUUAACACAGUUUUACCGUCACCGCUUGCUUCACUUAGCAACAUUUGCUUAAUUGUAACACCAGCCUCAAACACUUAGAUUUCAGUUUACGUCUGCGAGCUACAAACGAAUGCAAGUGAUGAGGUUCACCGUCGAGGAGAUCAACAACAGUACGGAGCUGCUUCCAGGGGUGAACCUGGGUUACGAGAUCUUCGACUACUGCUCCGACAUAGGCAGCCUUCUGUCUGCGGUGGAUUUCUUGGCUUGUGGGAACUCCAUUCACACAGGGGCCAAACGAGCCUGUCGACCCAAAGUCAUCUCCGUCACCGGCCCGUUUGGGAGCACCGAGACCAUCACCGUGUCUCAGCUGUUUCUGUUUAACCAUCUGCCUAUAGUGACCCAUGGAGCUACUAGCGUUCAACUCAGCAACAGGGAGAGGUUCCCCUCCUUUUUCCGCACGUCUCCCAGUGACAAGUUCCAAGUGCAAGCUAUUGUCCAGAUUCUGAAAGAGUUUAAAUGGAACUGGGUGGCCUUCAUUGGCGGUGACACCGACUACAGUCGAGAUGCUUUACGGGUGUUUGAGAGCGAAGCACGGUUGGCUAAUGUCUGUUUGGCUUACCGAGGCAUAAUCUCAGUCAAGGAUGAUUCUCAAAACGAGAACGUGUUGAAGGUGAUCAAUGAACAGAGGAUAGGCGUUGUUGUGCUCUUUGCCCACAUAGAACACGUUACUAGCUUCCUAAGGGUGGCAAUAAAAAAAAAAGUGCGAAAGGUUUGGAUAGGAAGUGAGACGUGGUCCUUGAGCACAGAACUGGUUAAGGAGAACAACAUAGACAGUAUUGGCACCGUGUUGGGGGUGACAUUGCAGCAAAUGGCUCCGCUGAAUGGGUUGAGUGAGUUCAUUCGCAAGUCUCUGAAUUCUACACAGUCACCGCCUCCGGUCUCCAGUGAAACGUGCGGCCAGAGAUGUGAUGAAUGCACAAACGCGACGGCCGAGACAAUAAUUUCACAGGAGUCCACCUUCAGUUUUAGCAUUUACUCAGCAAUACAUGCCGUAGCUCAUGCGCUCCACACAAUCCUGUCUUGCAAUUCGUCAUCUUGCAGGAAUUCCACUGUUGAACCUCAGAUGCUCAUCAAGGCACUGAAAAAGGUCAAGUUCCAAUUGUACAACCACAGCAUAGAGUUUGAUGAGAAUGGAGAUCCACCAGCUUUCUAUGACAUUGUGUUCUGGGAUAGGAAUAAGAGCACUCCUUUUACUGCGGUUGGGUCAUUCUACUCUAUCCCGACACCCACCUUCACUCUUGACCGAGGCCACUUGAUCAACUGGCACACUGGUCAAACUGUAAGUUCAGUAUGUCAUUGCUUCCUCAUAUAGUUUUGAGCCCAAACAGUAGAAUGUGAUGUCCCUUAACUCUCCUCAGUUAAAGGUUAAUUUGCAUGCGUUGCUUCAUAAGGAAAAAGAUUGACAGAGGAGGCUUCUGUGGGAGAACAAUUUAAACAAAUUUCUGUUUUGGAAAACAAGAGGGGUGUUUGGCAUGUGGGUACGAUUUCACACCAGUCAUUUCCUGUUAUAUUAAUUCCUGUAACCGUGUCUGCGAUGUUUGCAGCGUUAUAAAGAUCUGUUGAAGAAUUAGUUUCACCUAUAGUGAUACAGGCCUACAGUGUCCUUCACUUUACCACUUGGUGAUGUGUUGAAUUUGCAUGAAGUUGAAUUUGCAUGAUUGCAUGAUGCCUGAAGUGCAUUAUUACACUUUGGGGGUCAUCUUAUCAGUUAGUGCCUAACCUGACUUUGCCAUAGGCUCCUGAGCUGCGGUGUUCUCCCGAAUGCCCAUCAGGCUAUAAGAGAGUUCAGUCCAGCUUCCAUUCCUGCUGCUUUGACUGUGAGAUCUGCACGGGAGGAACAUACAUCCAGAACAACACAGGUUCUCCCUCCGUGAUCUUGCUCUGUCAUUUAUUGUAUAGCUCUGCACUGCUGGCCAUCUUUAUGUAUGAUAUGUAAACAUGACAGGGAAGGUAACUUCCAUUAUUAAUACAGAGUGGCAAUCAUGCAAUGGUAAUUGUGUGUGUGUUUGUGUGUGGGAGAGGGGGGGGGACAAUUGUAAGCACACAAAGUACACAACAGGCCUUUAUUAUGAUAGUGAAAACAGCUGGCAGAGAGGGCAGCUCAUACGCAUAUGCACUGUUACAUAAAAAUGUAAUUAAUUAGUGAAAGGAUUGGUUAAAGCUGGCCGUUAGCAUUGUCAAGCAAUCCCUUUAAACUGAACUGAACUGAAUAGGCCGUUUCGGGCAGCUAUCACAAUAAAAAUAUAUAUAAAUGUAUAUAAAACAUGCAUAAAUGUCAUCCCCCCCCUCCCCAUCCAGCUAUUAUUACCUUCUUUGGGAGGGUAAAAGUCUUAAAAGGGGGUCUUAAAAAGUAAAAGAAAAGUCUUAAAAAUCUCCCUAAGCCUACCUGUGUUUUUCACCAUGACUCCUGUAGCCAACACACUUGUUUUGUCCUCACAGCAGAUCCAAACAACUGCAUCCCUUGCAAAGACUACGAGUGGUCCAGCA